GGGAAAGUUGACAAGACGCAUGGCUGCGGGCGGCUCGGAGGCCCCGCGGCCCAAAGCGGCCCCGGAGGGGCAGGUUCCUUGCCUGGAGCUGCCGACCUACGCGGCUGCCUGCGAGCUGGUGCACGGCCCCUACUCCUGCCUGGUGGCCGGGCCGCACCGCCGGCACAUCGCGCUGUCGCCACGGUAUCUGCACAGGAAGCGCACCGGCAUCCGCGAGCAGCUGGACGCCGAGCUGCUGCGCUACUCGGAGAGCCUUCUAGGUGUCCCCAUAGCAUAUGACAACAUCAAGGUCGUGGGUGAGCUGGGGGACAUUCACGAUGACCAGGGACACAUCCACCUUAACAUUGAAGCGGAUUUUGUUAUUUUCUGUCCUGAACCAGGACAGAAGCUUAAGGGUAUGGUUAAUAAGGUGUCUGCCAGCCACAUUGGCUGCCUGGUCCAUGGGUGUUUUAAUGCGUCCAUCCCCAAACCUGAGAAGAUGUCUUCUGAGCAGUGGCAAACCUUGGAGGUAGACGUGGGUGAUGAGCUGGAGUUUGAAGUGUUUCGCUUAGACUCCGAUGCUGCUGGAGUGUUCUGCAUUCGAGGAAAACUGAAUGUCAGCAGUUUACCAUCCAAGUGUUCCGAGGUUUCUGAGCAAGUAACAGAAACUAACCCUGAAGAAGCUGUUGAAAAGCCUGCUAAAAAGAAAAAGAAAAAGAAGAAAGAGCCAGACACCUGUGACGUGGACAGUGGUGUUCCCGAGGCAGAGCCAGCCGAGUGUGCGGAUGCUGUCCCCUCCGCAGAGGAGCAGGACCUGCAGGCUGCCGAGCCCGUGAAUGGCCUCUGCGAGGGAGAGCCCCGGAAGAAGAAGAGCAAGAAGAAGAAGCAUCAGGAGGAUCCUGGGCAGGACCCUGUGUUCCAGGGCAGUGACUCCAGUGGUUACCAAAGUGACAAUAAAAAGAAAAAGAAGAAGAGGAAACACAGAGAGGAGGCCGAACUUACACCGAUUUUGGAAUGUGCAAAACCGAAAAAGAAGAGAGAAAAUUAAUU